AUGGCUGAGAACAUUCCGCCCGGCUCAAGUUCUGCGCCAAAGCUUCCGGCAAGCAGUGAUCGGCCGGGAUUACCUUACUACGAGAAAUUGAGGCGCGAUCUACGAGACACUCUACAGAAGAAGCGGCUUCUUGAUCGGAAUCUGGCUGCCAUAGAGGAUCAGAUCUUCCGGCAAGAAACGACAUACCUCGAAGAAACGGCGGUCGCAGGGAACAUAGUCAAAGGAUUCGACAACUACAUCAAGGCAUCUGCAGUGUCGGCAGCAGCAAGUUCGGUGGGCGGGACAGUCUCAGGGAGCGCAGUUGGCGGCGGUGUAGGCGCAGGGCGCCGAAAAGCGCCUGUCAACGACACAGACCGUGUGUUCUCUAAGAGCUCAGUAUCAUAUAUGAGAGAUUCGGAUUCCCCGAGCAGCGCUACAAGCACCCCCAACCACGCAGCAACGCCGACUGGGAGUUUUACUGCAGAAAAGACCGGCAACAAGAAGAAGAAAAAGAGCGCGGCCACAAACGAUGAAGACACAGACGGGAGAUCGACCAAGCGCCAGAAGAUUACUUUUGGCGGUGUGCGCAAAAGUCAGGAUGAUUGA